AUGGCCUUGACAUCAUGGAAAGCAUUCAACUUCUUCGACGUCUCCCCGGUCAAGCUACCGGAGGAAAGCACCUCCGUCUUCAGUAGCGAUCUUGCCAGUCUGUGCACCGGGUCUGCGAAUCUGUUCCUCGGCACUACCGAUGGCUUCGUUCACAUCGUCUCGUCGGCCUUCCGGGUUCUCCGAUCGUUCAAGGCCUACGAUGCCGGCUCCAUUACGCACAUGAAGCAGAUCGGCGGGACGUCGUUGCUAGUCACCAUCGCAGAGGAUCUGUCGAAUGAACCAAUUUUGAAAGUCUGGGCGCUGGACACGGAGAAGAAGGGUGGUGGACCGCGAUGCUUGUCCACGGUGUCCGUGCAGAAUGCUAGGAGGCAGUUUCCGAUUUCUGCCUUUGCGGCUGUCGAGGAUCUUUCACAGGUGGCAAUUGGGUUUGCGAAUGGAUCGGUGUCGAUUAUCCGGGGCGACUUCAUUCACGACCGUGGCGCCCGGCAGCGAAUUGUGUUUGAGUCGGAGGAACCAAUCACGGGACUCGAGAUUCAAAAUGGUGCUAUCACCACGCUGUACAUCUCGACGACGAGUCGGAUCUUAACUCAGGUCAUCGCGGGGAGAGGCCAGGGCCAACCGGCGCGCGUCCUAGAGGAUUCGGGCUGUGCGGUGCGCUGCAUGACGCUGGACAAGGAAGGUGGUGAUAUUUUGAUUGCGAGAGAGGACGCCAUAUAUACCUACGGCACAAGGGGCCGCGGACCGAGCUAUGCCUUUGAAAGCCCAAAAACAUCCAUUAAUGCCUUCCAAGACUAUGUGGCUCUGGUCUGUCCACCCAAGGCUGGAUCUUCAAAGACGGACCCGCUGCGAAAAUAUGGCGUUAAUCCGGCGGAUGAGAUCUUCGGGUCGACGACGUUCACCUUGCUUGAUACCGAUCUCAAGUUCAUUGCGCACAGCGAGUCGUUGGCCUCGCCGAUGAAACACAUCUUUAUUGAAUGGGGCGAUCUCUUCUUGCUCACAACUGAUGGAAAGAUCUUCCGGUACCGAGAAAAGUCGCUUCAGCAGAAGCUGGAAAUCCUCUACGAGCGCAACCUCUACAUCCUGGCCAUUAAUCUUGCCCAAAAGAUCGGCAUUGAUGCCCUGCAGCAGAACGCAAUCUAUCGAAAAUACGGCGACUUUCUGUAUCAAAGGGGUGACUACGACACUGCCAUGCAGCAGUAUCUUCGGGCUAUUGGAAACACUGAACCAUCUCAGGUUAUCCGCAAGUAUCUGGAUACUCAGCGCAUCCACAAUCUAAUCGAGUAUCUGGAAGAAUUACAUGACCAUGGCCGCGCCACUGUCGACCACACCACGCUUCUGUUGAAUUGUUACGCCAAGUUGAAGGACACGAGCAAGUUGGACUCUUUCAUCAAGGCUCCUGGCGAGUUGAAAUUUGACCUGGAAACUGCUAUCGCCAUGUGUCGCCAGGGCGGAUACUAUGAGCAAGCAGCCUACCUGGCUACGAAGCAUGGCGAAAACGACAUGGUUGUUGACAUCUUGAUUGAGGACUCAAAGAAAUAUGCCGAAGCGGUUGAGUAUAUCUGCCGACUAGACCCCGAAGUGGCCUAUCACAAUCUGAUGAAAUAUGCCCGAGUGUUAAUAGCCCAUUGCCCCGAGAGAACCACAGAGCUUUUCAAAACUUAUUACACGGGUCAAUAUCAGCCACGUACAGAAGUGGAAUUGCCUCUUGAGCCCCAGGCCCAGCCAACAAGUACAGUCCAAAGCCUUGCAGCUUUCCUCCCGCUCCGAUAUAUGACCGUCGGAGCUGGCACGCAGUCUCAGGCCCAGGUAUCCGAAACGGCAGCCACGGAAGUUCAAAUUGCAACACCAGCACCGGACUACGAAGUCCCGAAGCCGCGGACGGCCUUUUCUGCGUUUGUAGAUCAUCCGCAGGAAUUUAUCGACUUCCUGGAAACCCUUGUGCAGCAGCCUGACUUGAAGGAAGAAUCUAAAGUGGAUCUCUUCACCACACUGUUUGAAAUGUACCUGGACACGGCCAACAACAAGAAGGACGCUACCGAGAAGGAAGAAUGGGAAAAGAAGGCCAAAAAGCUGAUUGAGGGCAAAGAUAUCCCCAUCUCAACAUCCAGCGUCCUACUCCUCUCCGACUUGUCCAACUUCCGAGAAGGCUCCACGCUCGUCCGCGAGCAGGAAGGUCUACGUCUAGACAUCUUCCGCUCUUUCACUGCUGCCAAGGAUACCCAAGGUGCCAUCAAAGCACUGCGACGGUACGGGCCUGAUGAGCCCCAGCUCUACAUUGACGCAUUGACGUACUUUGCUUCAAGCCCCCAGAUCCUGGAGGAAGCAGGCGAUGAACUGGACGCGGUUCUCCGACGCAUUGACGAAGAUGGUCUUCUCUCUCCACUCCAAGUGAUCCAGGCGCUGAGUAACAACGCCGUGGUAUCGAUGGGCCGCGUUAAGAAGUACCUGAGCGAGAACAUCGAACGUGAACGGAAGGACAUCAACAAUAACCGCCGCCUAAUCGCAAGCUACAAAUCCGAAACCUCCACAAAGCAAAAAGAACUCGAAUCCCUCGCCAGUCAACCCGUCGUCUUCCAAUCACGCCGCUGCCAAGCCUGCGGCGGAUCCCUGGACUUACCAGCCGUGCAUUUCCUCUGCAAACACUCCUUCCACGAGCGGUGUCUCAACAAGAUCGACGACGACGCGCAAUGCCCCGUCUGCGCUCCGACCAACGACACACUCCGCGCCAUCCGCCAGCGGCAGGUCGAGACUGCGGAUCAGCAUGAUCUGUUCCGCGGGGAGCUGUCGCGCUCGCGGGAUGGGUUUGGUGUUGUGAGUGAGUUUUUUGGGAGGGGGGUUAUGCGGGCUCAGAGUACAAUGGAGCGGUGA